AUGCAACAUAUCAACCGGACGUGGAUAGGACCUGGGUUGCCUGUAGUUCUACGGCUGGUUCCGGGUCUGUUGGCUCCACCAGCCUUUAUAUACCUUGGCCUUGUGAUUGGAUGUCAAACCCAAAAGGGCAUUGAAUCUGACUAUCUCCAAAGAUGCAUCACCAACCCUACUCUGCGCGCUUUGUUCUUCCCACUAGCUUUGGCUCUAUAUUCGUCUCUGAGUAGUCUUGUGAGGUACCUUCGUAGGCGGCAAGAUCGUAGGAGGUUGGGUCCUGAUGUGAUUGAAGCGCCUCGUAUCAAGAAGAGACUCCCGGGGAACAUUGACUGGAUUCCGGAAGCACUACAUAUGAGAGAAACUGGAUACAUCGGAGAAAUGUUUAGCCAAUGCUUUCCCACGCAUGGCCAUACAUUCAAUAUGAGGAUUUUUGGACUUGAUCAGGUGUUUACAUGCGAUCCCGAAUGUGUCAAGUCUGUAUUGAGCACAGACUUUAAUAGCUUUGAGAAGGGAAAGAAGUUCAAAACAAAGAUGGACACCGUCCUCGGCGUCGGCGUUUUCAACUCGGAUGGAGAUAUGUGGCAACUGCAUCGAUCAAUGUCCAGGCCAUACUUCCAUCGCGAACGAGUCACGCAUAUAGAUCUCUUUGCCCAACACUCGGAUAUCGCUAUUAAGAAACUACUGAAAAGACUAUCUGAGCCUGGCUCCCCGGCUGUGGAUUUCCAGGACCUGGUUGGACGGUUCACCCUGGAUUCUGCCACCGAGUUCUUGUUUGGUUCUUCAACUCAUUCUCUCAGCGCACCAUUGCCUCGCCCAAAUGAGCCCCCUGCUGACGAAAGUGCUACGUUCGCUGUAGCAUUUGGUCGUGCUCAGGAGUUGCUUAUGGGUAGAUUCGUUCUGGGUUCGUUUUGGCCAUGGUUUGAAUUAUUCAAGGACAAAACGGAAGGGAGCAUGAAGGUUAUCAACGCCUUUACAAACCCGAUCCUCGAAGCCAAGCUGAAAGAGAAGCGAGAUGGUCUAUUGAAUCUCAAGGAGAAGGAAGCUGGUGGUGAAGGAGAGACUUUGUUGGAUCAUUUGGUCAGGUGCUCGGACGAUGAACGAGUUAUUAAGGAUGAGCUUUUGAAUAUUUUGAUUGCGGGCCGCGAUACGACGGCAGCCACACUCACAUUUGCCUGCUAUGCUUUGGCCAUGUAUCCUGAAUGCCUUGUCAAGCUCCGUGCCGAGGUACUAAGCACUUUUGGUUCCUCUGAAUACCCCACAUUCGAAGCUCUUCGUGGAAUGAAGUACUUGAGGGCCUUUAUCAACGAGGUACUUCGAGUGUUCCCGCCAGUACCUUUCAACGAGCGUACGGCAUCCAGGUCAACCGUGCUGAAGUCUGAAGGGAAAAAGUUCUACGUCCCUGCUGGUGCUCAAAUUCCUAUCUCGAUUUUCCAUAUGCACCGACGAAAGGACCUCUGGGGGCCGGAUGCUGAAGAGUUCGAUCCCGAACGUUGGCUAGACGAACGGCUGAAGAAAUAUGUCACACCGAAUCCAUUUAUCUUCCUCCCGUUCAGCGCUGGUCCCCGUAUUUGUCUAGGCCAGCAGUUUGCUUACAAUGAAUCGUCCUACUUCCUGGUGAGGCUUCUUCAACACGUAGACCACAUUACGCUCGCACCAGAUGCGCAGCCUCUCGAGUCUCACCCUCCCUCGCACUGGAAGCAAGGUCCAGGCCGCCAGGCGAUUGAGCAAUUUUGGUUGAAGAGCCAUCUCACUAUGUAUGCUGUGGGUGGACUCUGGGUUCGUAUGAAGGAGGCUAGCGGUGAAACCAAGGUUUAA